GCGAAUUGUGAUCCAAAGUCUCCUCGCAAGUCCACAACCAACUAAAGUCUACAGACAUCUUUUAUUUAUACAGGAAGGAAAUCUCUUGCUCUCUGAUCUGUUCUGCCACCUUCCUCCUUUCUGUAUCGGUCUCUUUCGACUCCAUUUCCUCUCCUUCGUCACUGAUCCAUGAGUACAUCUCCUCCAGUUUUACACCACGGAUAGAUCUAUCUAUCUCCAUUGAUGGGCUCUGAAGGAGAGGAGAUGGACCAGAAUGAGAAAGAAAAGGGAACGUGGAAGAGACCGCCCUCCUCUGCUCUUCCUCUGUUCCCCACACUGCUGCUCUCUCAGCUGCUGUGCGUCAACCCACUACCUUUCUUCCUUUAGAACUAGCUAAGCUUAGUUGUACAGUUAAAGAGACUCUAUUUGCUCGUCGAGAACUGCUUAAACAUCUUCUUAAAGCUCCAAGUUGGGGUACCAUGAAGAGGUCGCUCAGUUUCUCGGAUCGUAUGAUCCCUACUGGAGAAGAGAGGAGCGCGUUCACGUCGUUCAUGGACGGUCUGGAGGAGGAUGAGAGCAUGGAGGAGGAGGUGUACGGCGGCGGAGGGCACGGGGCGAAGAAGCGGCGACUAAGAACGGAGCAGGUGAGAGCGCUGGAGAAGAGUUUUGAGGCGGACAACAAGCUGGAACCGGAGAGGAAGGUGAGGCUGGCACAGGAGCUCGAACUCCAGCCGCGGCAGGUCGCCGUGUGGUUUCAGAACCGCCGCGCGCGGUGGAAGACCAAGCAGCUGGAGCACGACUACGCCGCACUCAAGGCCAGCCACGAUGCCCUCCGGCUCGACUGCGACGCCCUCGUCCGCGACAAGGAUUCCUUGCUUGCAGAGGUAACCGAUCUUGGCUUUAAGAUCAAAGAGCUGAAGGCCAAGUUGGCAGAGGCGGAUCCAGUAGCACCGGAGGCCGAGAAAAAGGCGAUUGCGGCGACGGAUGAACCACCUCCUCCGCCAUUGGCGUGCAAGGACGGGUCGUGGGAUAGCGACUCGAGCGCUGUCCUGAACGACGCCAUGCUAAACGACGAUGACAGCCCGCGAGGGCUGUCGUCAUCGGCAUCGGCCGCCAACCUGCUCUCGGUCGGCAUCGAUGCCAGCUUCCCGGAUUCUCCGCCGCCGCCGCCUCUUUUCAACCUGGAUUCAAGAACGAUAAAAUCAGUCGGAGAAGGAGGUGGGAUUUACUAUUUUCCGAAUCAUGUGAUCAAGAUGGAAGAGGAGCAGUGCAAUAGCUUCUUCGCCGACGACGAGCCGACGCCAUGUCUCAGUUGGUUGUAUUGGAAUUGAGUGGUCGGCGACAACGAUGGCGAGAGUAAAACUCAUAAUUAAAUAUGUAUUGUAUAAUGCUCUUCUAAUUUUCAAUAUUGCAAGCGAUUAGUUUAUAAUGAAAAAAAGAGAUUACUAUUUUGUUGUCAUAAA